AUGGUCUCCCAUGCCCAAGAGUUCCAGACCAAAGAGGAUGUCUACUGCUUCGCCUUAGCAAAGGCCCUGUACAGUGUGCCCACGCCAGUGACUGUCGGGUUUUAUGCACCAUGGGGACACUGCAAAAACCUGCUCUUACAGACAAUCCGGCAGUACAUGGUUAGCGAAUCAACAAAGAAAGACCAGCAGGAACUUCAGCGGACGGGGAAAAAGCAGCGUGGGAGCUCUGGCCGGGAUCUGCUCAAGCUGCUGUUUCUCAUGAUCUUCUAUCAGCCGGUCCUGACGGAGCAGCAGAAGCAGAGAAAGAACGUCCAGCAUGUCUUCAUCCAUUUCAGUGCCUGGGAGUAUGCGGGCAGCGACCAGCUGUGGGCAGGCCUCAUCACCACGCUGUGUGAUGGCAUCGAAAGACACUUUGGUCUCCUACCCAUGAGCAUUUACAGGGCCAUAGGCAGGAAAUGUGGCAUCAUCGAGAGACCAGGGGAUCAGGAAUGGGUUAGCAAGAAGUACCUCUGCCUCCCCCUGUGGGCUGCUGUGAUCCUUGUGACCGUGGUAGCUAUUGGGGUGGGCGUUCUCCUCCUAGUGUUUGGGAUCCCCUUUGGGAAUGCCUCGGGAGACGCAAUAGCUGUCGUGGAGGGCAUUGGGGCGACGGCCGUUGGCGUCUCUGCGGCCGCUGCCAUUCGGAUUGCCAUCAUGGUGGUACGAAAUGUCUUCGUUACCCAGAAGACCCAGCUGGAGAGACAGAUGAAUCGGACAGAUCUCAGCGCUCAGCUGGGCUUCAUGAGCAGCGUUAAAAGCGAAGUGAGGACAGUCACCAGGUUCCUUCAGUUCAUGGAAAUCUUCCAGCGGCGGAAGCUGCAGGUGGUGCUAGAGAUCACCCACUUGGACAAGUGCAGCCCUGACAAGGUGGUCGGCGUCCUGGACGCCAUGAACAUCCUCCUCUCGGACUAUGAUGCUCCUUUCAUCUCCAUCCUGGCUGUUGACCCGAGUAUCAUCGUCGACUGCGUGGAAAGCUCCAUGUACAUGAAGGGCAUGGCCAACAACGGCUACGAGUUCUUAAACCGCAUCGUCACCCUGCCCUUCUCUGUCCCUCGGAUGGACUGUGACACCAAGCUGAGACUGAUCAGGGACAUCACCGAGCGCCGGAAGCGGCAGGAGAAAGACCUAGAGGAGGAGGUAGGCUUCCAGCAGGAUCCCACGAUGGACGCUAACUCCAACUUUCUCUCAGUCCCUUGCUACAAUUCUGCCAACCACGAUGCAGAGAAUCCAGGUGCAGAUGACAGCCAGAUACCUCUCGUUGUCAGAGACCUCAGAACCCAGGAACCAGGACCCCGUGGCUAUAGGAAGGGCAUCAGAGCCAAAGACCUCAUUCAAGAAGCUUUUGACUACCUUCUGGAUGACUCCUUGAAGGAAUACAUGACAGACAACGUGGUGCAGAUGCGACGGAUCGUGAACACCAUCACCAUCACCAUCAGGCUCCUGGCGAGUAACGUCCCCAAGGACGAGGUGUGUCCAAAGAAGGUGGUGGACUGGGUGCUCCUUGCCAACCAGUGGCCAUGCCGUCUGAGCUGGGUCUUGCAGUGCAUCGAGGAUGAGGAGCAGAGGAGCAACCUGGGCUGCUGCCAAGGAAGCCCACUCCCCCCGGACAUGUUCCUGUGGGAGGUCUAUGAGAAGUACGUGGAAGAGCUGGACAUGCUUAAAGGCCAGAUGGAAAAGCUUCUGGAACUGGACCGGGACCCUGAGCUCUUCCACAACUUCCUGUGUGGCAGGUUUCGGGUGAAGGAGGCCAUCUUCUACUUGCCCUACACGGUCAACUUAGACCUGUCCUUGAAAAGGCAGAUGGAGCUGCAACGUGGCAGUCACAGCCUGAAACGGACAAAGAAGUUCAACAGGCUCACCGCGUGCACCCUGCUGGGUAUGACGGUGGAUGAUGUCUGCAGAGAGAUGGACACAGUUGGCUUUAAGGAAGAAAACGUCCAGGAGUAUAAACGGAGGCUGAGGGACCAUAAUCUAAAUGGACGUGCCCUGGUUUACAGUGACAACAAUGAAAUCAAAGAAGCCCUCAGCAUGAGCCUUGGCGAAUGGACGCUCUUUAGCAUAUAUUUCCUUGGAGUUCUUCCCCAGCCGAGUUUAUCCCCUUCUGUUGCAUCCUCAGUCCCGUUAUAUGUCAGGCAGGAGGCUCAGAAGAACAUGUUUGGCUUAAGAGAGAACGUGGUUAGAGGGAGCAGGCUGUCUUUGAACAUCUCCAGGGAAGAUCUUCAGGAGAAGAGAUAA